UUGCUAGACACAUCACCAACGUCAUUACUCAUUUCUUCAUGUUCUUCAUGAAAUCAAACUUUGAGAACAGCUGGUUGUCACUCGAAAAUGUAUUUUUAUUAAUUUGUCGUUUAUUUAAUUGUUAUAGUUCAAUUCAGUGUAUAAUAGUGGAAAUAAAUUAAUCUAUUUUACUGAAUAUAGUAUAGAAUGCGAUGCUCCCUCGUCGGCGAAAUAUCGGAGGUGUGACAGAGCGAUCACCUUUGGAGAACGAUUUUGAUACCUAUAAUAAAUUAGACAAAAAAGGGAGUCAACCGACUAAUAAUUCUAGUAUAUUUAAUCCGUUCCCAAAGACACAGGUAAAAUUAGCGCCCCCAAGUAAUAUUGUGGAACCUGAUAUAACAUUCGACAUCCUCGAAGAAUUUGUGUUUGAACCCGUGAUGGCGUCUAGAGACAGAACUAAUGAAUUUAUCUCAGCUGUACGCAGUCUGCAAGGUAGAACUUUGGCCAGACCCAUCGUAAGAGAUGAAAGAAAAGCUCAGAUAUUGGAGACAUAUUCACAAUUCAUGGGCAUGGCAAAAGUUAUUAGUAAAAACAUAACAAGUACUUAUGCUAAACUUGAAAAGUUAGCCUUGUUGGCCAAAAAGAAAUCUCUAUUUGAUGAUCGACCAACAGAAAUUCAAGAAUUAACAUACAUAAUUAAAGGAGAUUUAAGUUCCUUAAAUCAGCAAAUUGCCAGGCUGGGUGAAAUGCCACGGGGGCGACGAAGUAUGCAUAGCCACUCAUCAAGUGUAGUGCUUGCUUUGCAGUCACGUUUGGCUUCAAUGAGCAAUCAAUUUAAACAGGUCCUUGAAGUUAGAUCUGAAAAUUUGAAACAUCAAAACAACAGAAGGGAACAAUUUUCUAGAGUGGCUCCAUUGGUUAAAGAAGUGCCAUCUCUCUUGCAACAAGAUGACAUCAGUAUAGAUUUAGGAGAUGCACCAAAUAUUCAAACACAGCAACAACAGUUAGCAUUGAGAGAUGACACAGAUACAUAUGUUCAGCAAAGAGCUGAAACUAUGCACAAUAUUGAGAGUACAAUUGUUGAGCUAGGAGGAAUAUUUCAGCAACUUGCUCACAUGGUAAAGGAACAGGAUGAAGCCAUUGGCAGAAUUGAUGCAAACAUCCAAGAAGCAGAAAUGAAUGUUGAAGCCGGUCACAGAGAAAUCAUGAAGUAUUUUCAAAGUGUUACUGGCAAUAGAGCUUUAAUGUUCAAAGUUUUUGGUGUUCUUAUAUUCUUCUUUAUAUUCUUUGUAGUUGUAAUGGCUUGAAAUGUAAAUUUUGUGAUGUGAAAUAUAACAAAUACAUAAUUUUUUUGGUGGUGCAUCUGCCCAUGAAAAAGAAAGUAGAUAAAAUAUUGACAGGAAUAAACUGAUAUUGACUUGUUAUAAUAAUAAACAAAUAUUGUAAAACAAUAGAUACCUAUUUUCUUAAAAAAAUAGUUUUAUGAGACUAUAAUUUUGUUUCUUGGGAUGGGGCAUCAUAUUAGGUUUUGUAUUUUUAUGUUACAUGUUGUUAUUCCAAGAGUAUAAAAUAGUUUUAUUCAUAUGCAAUAUGACAAGAUUUGAAAAUGUGUAAGCUAUAAUUAUGUUAAUAUCCAGUUCUUUUAGGUUGAUUGCACUAGAAUUAUAUAAAGCCAUGCAAAUGGUGCAUCAGAUAUAUAUACAUAUAAUUAAAUAAAUAUACUAUGAAGUUAUAA